AUGGCGGCUCAGCGUCGCCUGAACAAGCGUAGCUCGCUAGAGACUGCGCUGUACGAACAGCAAAGCAGAGGUAAGCACGAUCCCUUCGACAUGGCAAGGGCGCAGGCAGCGUACGGCGGACAGGAAGUUAUGCGCGUGAAAAUUCUGCUCUCAAGAGGCCGUGCAAUGGCAAGCCUCGAACACCUGCCACGGACGCUUCCCUACUACAUCAUCAUAUACAAAGUAGCCAUGGCGGACAUGAGUAACGGACCGCUCGAGAAUGUGACUGAGAAGACACGGGAGCAUCUUCUCGCAAGCAAGAAGGGCCCUCGAAGAAAGAAGGCCCAGAGAAACAUGAAAUCUUCACUUACACCACCAGCUUCCCUACCGACAGCGCCGUCCACCGCCCCUCCCAGUAGGUUCGCCGCACGAAUGACCUCCCGUCAUGUCAAUGAGGCCAGUUUGUACGACAUGAAUCAGAGAUCGGCCGCCAUUGAGCCUCCGAGGCGAAGCAACACCUCGAUAGAAGUUCCUAACGCCAAUAACACCGUCCCGCCGAUGACGGUAGACCUUUCACUACCACCCGGCACCAUUAUACACAUCAAUGGCGUGCCAAUCAACGUAGACGACCUCGGUAUACCGCCAAGACCGAACCCGAAAUACGAGCAGGAUGCGGUCGCCCGCCAGCAACAGCAAGACGCGCAGCCGAGGGCGAGGGACUCGACCGCCUCCGUGUCGUCAGCGCUCAUGCCUUCCCGAACGACAUCCAUCAACUUCAGCAGACCAUGGCAGCCACAGCAGCACAUGCAAGAACGUCCGCUGCGAGAGGAUGCCGACGAGGUGUCCUCAAUUGACACGGUCGAUACGUUCACCCUAGACCCGGAAGGCUAUCCGAGAGUGGCACAAACCGCGGUUGGAGGGAAGGGAAAGCUUGUGGAGAGCCCGAAGGUUUCGCGGAGCACGCCUAAGAAGUGA